AUGCAUGAACGCCUGUGGUCUGAUCGCUGUUUGCAGGGUACCAGCAGGCCGUCUCAUUACCACGUGCUCUGGGACGACAACCACUUCUCUGCAGAUGAACUGCAGGUCCUGACCUAUCAGCUUUGCCACACCUAUGUGCGCUGCACCCGCUCAGUCUCCAUCCCAGCACCAGCUUACUACGCCCAUCUGGUGGCUUUCAGAGCUCGCUAUCACUUGGUGGACAAAGAGCACGACAGUGCGGAGGGCAGUCAUACAUCGGGCCAGAGUAACGGGCGGGACCAACAGGCCUUGGCUAAGGCCGUGCAGAUCCACCAGGACACCCUGCGCACCAUGUACUUUGCCUGAGAGCAGACAGCCCCAGGUUGGCGUGGGUGAGACCCCACUGAUGGAACACACUAGCCCUCGCUGUCUCACUGUCAGCUGUAGAUACAGUGGCUUCACAUAGUGAUCCCUACCAUACUGACCUGUCAGUGACCCACACGUCUACAAUUGUACUUCGGCCCCGGACCCACCCAAAUUAAGCCAGCGAUUAGACUGUAAGAUGCUAAAGCGUCCCUCUUUCUUGGGGUUUGUGUUGAAAGAGGUUUUAUUUUUAUGUUGUUCAUAAGUGUGUGUCUAUUAUUUGUGAAAAUAAGUAUGGAAGCAAAAGGACAAGUUUGUACACUGAUAGAAAAAAACUACACUUUUUAAACCAAUGGGCCGUAUCAUUUUAAAUUAGGUUAUUUAUCAUUUGGAAGAAGCCGUUUACCCUCUUUCUCCUGCUUCUAUAGUUUGUUAGGGUUUUGGUGCUUGAAGGGAGAAGGAUCAAAUUCAUCAAAAGAUAAAUAGGAGGGGGGGAGGGGCUGGUAAAUAUGAUAUGCCUAAAGAGUUGCCCCUCUAAGAAACAUUAUUUAUCCGCCAAUCAAAGCAAAGUGCACUGACUGGACUGGGUUCUUCAAUCAGGACAAACGUACUUAAUAUAUUGGGGGUUAUGUGUGAUUUUUCACAAAGGGCACUAUGUGAUGAGAAGUGCCAUUGGAGACCACCUUUCUGUUGUCAUUUCUGUGGGAACCUUGAAAUAUGACGGGGGUUUCAGUGUUUUUCUUUGAUGGACACAGAUGACCAGUUAAUGCCAAAUCUGGUGACAAUUCAUUUACUACAACCCUUGGACCAACACCUUUCAGUUUAUUCUAAGGGGUUAAGUGUUUAGAUACAACAAUUAAAAACAGCAAUUUUAUCUGCCUUUCUUCUUAGGCUAAACUGACGUCAUCAGUAACACUAGUGUUCCCAUGCCGACUGUUUUUGGGACCGGUUCCCAAAAAAGGAUACCUUUCUGAUGUAGCCUGAGCCGUGUUUGUAAAAGACACAUCAUUUAGAAAUGAACGUAGAGGGGAACUUGAUAAAAUCCUUUUUUGUCUGUU